AUGGCUCGGGCUCUGAAUCCGAUGGCAGCAAAGUUUCGGUGGGACAACAAGCCCUGCUAAGGAAGCAAGACCUCCGUCACAUGCUACAGGAGGCCACUGCAGAAAUUAAACUGCACACAGCAACAGAGCUCGAAAAGAAGACUUUGAGGCCUUAACGGAACACACCAUACAGGCUGAAACAGACAUAAUGAACCUAAAAGCAAAAACCGCCCAACACAACCAAGAUAUAUUUUACCUGAGUGACAAGCUGCAAUUCCUGGAAGAUAACCUCGAUGAGGAACAAUCCGAGGCCUUCCGGAAACAGUACUGGCAGAUGCCAUCUUGCCCACACUCCAGGAGUUAUUUCAAACUCUCCUACCUGAUACUACAGCUCAGGACCGGGAAAUAG